AUGAUCUUUUUAUUUAGUAUUAGUUAUAACUUAUAAGUAGUAGAGUUUUUUCCUCCUCCUUUAUGUUGAUCAUGGGGGAAAGAAUGCUAAUACUCCUAUCACUCAUUUUCAGUUAUUUGUUGACUGUGGACGCAAGAACAGCACAAAGUGAUUACACUGCUCUGCUGGCUCUGAAGUUAGGGUGGGAGAACACGCCACCAGAUUGGGUGGGCUCUGAUCCUUGUGGUGAUGAUUGGGAGGGCAUUGAGUGCUCCAAGUCACGCAUUACCAGCAUAUCAUUAGCAAGCAUGGAUUUGUCUGGCCAGCUUUCUUCAGACAUUAGAUUACUGUCUGAAUUGCGGGUUUUGGAUCUGUCCUACAAUAAUAAGUUAACAGGAUCACUUCCCAGAGAAAUUGCAAAUUUGAAGAAGUUAACACACUUACUUCUUAUUAGCUGUGGUUUCACUGGUCCUCUCCCUGAUACGAUAGGAAAUCUAGAACGGCUUGUCUUCCUAUCUUUAAAUUCUAAUAGCUUCAGUGGGCGAAUCCCACCUGCUAUUGGUAAUCUCUCAAAUGUUUAUUGGCUAGACUUAGCUGAAAACCAGCUUGAUGGGCCCAUCCCAAUAUCUAAUGGAACUACUCCUGGUCUUGAUAUGAUGCACCAUACAAAGCACUUUCAUUUUGGGAAGAAUAAACUUUCAGGCAAUAUUCCUUCUCAACUUUUUAGCUCUGAAAUGACUCUGAUACAUGCACUUUUUGAAGGCAACCAACUUACUGGCAGGAUUCCAUCUACACUGGGACUUGUCCAGUCUCUGGAGGUGGUGCGCUUUGAUGAUAAUUUUCUAAGUGGACCUUUGCCAUUGAACCUCAACAAUCUUACAAAUGUCCAGAGUUUGUUAUUGUCCAACAACCGCCUAUCCGGUCCCCUGCCAAACCUUACUGGAAUGAAAGCGCUCAACUACCUGGAUAUGAGCAAUAAUAGUUUUGAUCCAUCUGACUUUCCACCGUGGUUAUCAACUCUAGAGUCUCUUACAACAUUAAUGAUGGAGAAUACACAACUUCAAGGACAAAUUCCUGCAUCUUUGUUCAGCCUGGCACAGUUACAGACAGUGGUGCUGAAGAACAAUCAGCUGAAUGGCACUUUAGAUAUUGGCGCAACCAUCAGCAACAAACUGGAACUCCUUGAUUUGCAGACUAAUUUUGUUGAAGAAUUUGAUCUUGAUCCACAAAUUGAUGUCUCCAAAGUGGAGAUAAUACUUGUGAAUAACCCAGUUUGUCAAGAGACAGGAGUUGCAAGGACUUAUUGCUCCAUUUCAAAAUCCAAUGACUCAUACACAACGCCACCAAAUAAUUGCGUGCAUGUUGCCUGCAGCUCAGAUCAGAUAUUAAGCCCCAACUGCAAAUGUGCAUAUCCAUAUACAGGAACUUUAACUUUCAGAGCCACUUCCUUCUCAGAGACAGGAAAUGAGACUAUUUUUGCAAACCUGGAGUUUUCUCUGAUGCAAUCUUUUCAACUAUAUGAUAAACCUGUGGAUUCAGUUUCUUUAAGCAAUCCAAGGAGGGGUUCAGUUCAGUAUCUUGAUUUGACUUUAAAAGUGUUUCCAUCAGGCCAAGAUCAUUUCAAUCGAACUGGGAUUUCUAGUAUAGCCUUUAUGCUUAGCAACCAGACAUAUAAGCCUCCUAAAAUGUUCGGGCCUUAUUAUUUUAUUGGUGAUACUUAUGAACACUUUGUGGAUGAUUCAGUAUUAGAAGGUCCUGUUCCUUCCAGUAAAUCUUCAAAUGUUGGCAUCAUAGCUGGAGCUGCUGGUGGUGGUUCUGCCCUUCUGGUGUUGUUACUCCUUGCAUGUGUUUAUGUUUUCCGCCAAAAGAAAAAUGCGAAAAAAGUUAGUGGGAAAAACAAUCCUUUUGGAGAGCAAUGGGAUCCAGAUGAGAGCAACACUAGCAUCCCACAGUUAAAAGGAGCAAGGCGCUUCACUUUCGAAGAGAUGAAGAACUACACCAGAGACUUUUCGCAAGCCAAUAAUAUAGGGUCAGGGGGUUAUGGGAAGGUUUAUCGGGGAACUCUUCCCAACGGCCAAUUAAUAGCGGUAAAACGAGCUCAAAAGGAAUCUAUCCAGGGAGGGAUGGAGUUUAAAACUGAGAUUGAACUUUUAUCCAGGGUCCACCACAAAAAUCUUGUUAGCCUUAUGGGUUUCUGCUUUGCGGAAGGAGAACAAAUGUUGGUUUAUGAGUAUGUUGCAAAUGGUACUCUGAAGGAUGCUGUUUCAGGGAAGUCAGGAAUUAGAUUGGACUGGAUUAGAAGAUUAAAAAUAGCCCUUGGUGCUGCAAGGGGGCUGGAUUAUCUCCAUGAACAUGCCAACCCUCCUAUCAUACACAGGGACAUCAAAUCCACUAACAUUUUACUUGACGAGCGCUUGACUGCUAAAGUAGCUGAUUUUGGUCUCUCCAAACCUUAUGGUGAAAAAGGAUAUAUCACCACUCAAGUCAAAGGAACAAUGGGCUACUUGGACCCAGAGUAUUAUAUGACUCAACAGUUGACUGAGAAAAGUGAUGUUUAUAGCUUUGGAGUGCUAAUGUUGGAGCUGAUAACUGCAAGAAAGCCAAUAGAAAGAGGGAAGUAUAUUGUGAAAGUGGUUAAGAAUGCUAUUGACAAGACAAAAGACUUCUGUGGUCUUAAGGAAAUGCUUGAUCCAACCAUUGACUUGGCGACACCGCUGCACGGUUUUGAGAAGUUUGUGGAUCUUGCAAUACAAAGUGUUGAAGAUUCAAGUUCUAACAGACCUUCAAUGAAUUAUGUGGUUAAAGAGAUUGAAAACAUGUUGCAUUUGGCUGGUGCAAACCCCAAUGCUGAAUCAGCAUCCACUUCAUCCAGCUAUGAAGUAAGUAAGGGGAGCUCCCUUCAUCCUUAUGAGUACUUUGAUACAAGUGUGGUACUUCCACGUGCAUAAAGUGAGCCUAUAACGCUUCAGCUCAAAAGUAACUUGUUAAGUAAGAUUUUGUAAAUUUUGUAAAUCAUUAUGCUGUUUGCUUUUGCUGAUCAUGAUUGAAGAUGAAGUUUGAUGAGAAAUCCUUCUGUUGGUUUCUUGUUUAUUUUCAGAUUUCUGUUGGCUGUGAUUUUGCAUCAUAUAUUAUACAAAUGUGGCAUUUGUUCCUGAUGGUUAGUAUAGUAUUAGUAUUGGUAGGAUUAUGUAAUAUAUUACUUUUCAACAUAUUUCAGCAUUUUCCCCUCA